AUGAAUGCUGGAAAGAAGCCUUCAAAGCUUGUCCAAUUAGCACCAACUCGUUGGCUAGCUUUAGCUGGAGCUGUAACAUCUAAUUUGAAGCAAUGGGAGGAGUUAAAACAUUACUUCAAUUCAAUUAAAGACUCGUCGUCUGAAAAAUCAUACACAGCUAAAAGUUUAGCAGAAAUGUACAAUGAUGAUAGAAAUCGGCUGUAUCUUAUAUUUUUGAACCAAAUAUUGCGUGAAAUAACCACAAUGAACUUGGCAUUUCAAGCCGCUGACGCUGAUCUAACUAAAUUGUAUUCAGAUUUACGCUGUUUAUUAUUAUCGUUAGCCAGGCGUAUAUUUCAACCUAGUUUUCUUCGUCCAUUGGUAUCGGAUACUUCUGAUGCUACGAUGCUUCAUGAAGCAGAUAUUAAAGCAGUACAAAAUGUAUUGUUAAAAUCUAAGCAGGCAAUAGGUAAUUCAUUAUUACCUAUCAACUGUGUCGACUUUGGUUCUUCAUUUGCGGCUUUUGCUGAAAAGAAAACUAUUUCUGAUGUUCAUCUACACGAAGUCAAAGUGCGAUCAUUAAACUUUAUUAUAGUAUUAUGUGAACAACUAGUACAAAGAUUACCAACAAAUCUUGUUGUGAUUGAUAAGCUAAGAUAUUUUGCUCCUAAAAAUUGUUUAAGCUUGUCAUCAGCUAAUAUAAUGGAUAAUUUACCCUGGGAUUUGGCGGUUGCAAUACAGUGGCGUCUAUUGAAUACUUUAAGAUUCCAUGACAUAAAUGAAAAGUUUGACGAUAAUGUCAAGCCAAUUGACUUUUGGAUCGCUGUGCUAGAUAUGAGAAAUAGUCAAGGUGAACGAAGUUUUGAAGAUUUAGCAUCAUUUGCUCUUCGAGCAUUGUCUUUACCAAUCAGCAAUGCUGAUGUUGAGCGAGCUUUCAGUAUUAUGAGCAUUGUAAAGAGUAAAACUCGAAAUCGUUUGUUGCUACCAAUGCUUACAGCGCUAAUGCGAAUUCGCAUACAUAUGAAAGUAAUGAAAAUUUGCUGUACAAAUUACUCACCUCCGGAACACAUGCUAAAACUAUUUAAUAGUAAAAUGUAUGAAGUAUCUGCUAAGAAUACUGUUGAACCUAAUACAGUUGAAACUGCUGACAUUUUAGUGGAAUCUAUUGAUUUAAUCACAGAUGCUGGUGAUGGUGAAGAUAACAUUUAUUGUCAAAUUUGA